CAUUAGGUAUUUUAAAUUCAAAUUUUUGAUCUGUCGUUGCUUUUAACAUGUUACGAUGAAACCAGUGUGCCAUUUUGGGAAAGUUUUAAUAAUAAAUUGUUCCUCUUAAUAAUAUCUAAUUACUUUACCUUCUUCAGUUUGACAGAUAAAGUGAAAUCAAGGUAAAAUAGUAACGUAACACCACUACACUCAACGGAAGAUAUUCCACUUUUUGGUGAGAUAUGAGUAUCACGCAGUUAUUCUCACACUUGCGUUUGGUGUGUAAGCGUGUGAUCAGGAGGCAAUUGUUGUUGUUCAAUAAACCACAAAAGAUGGGUGAACCUUCAGGUUUAACAAAUAGUGAAGUACAUGAACUUUGCAAAGAGCCUGACCCUGCAACAAAUGGAUACAUUAUGCAGCAAACAAUGUAUCGUAUUAAAGAUCCAAGGAAAUCAUUACCCUUUUAUACUGAAGUACUUGGUAUGCGUUUAUUACAGAAACUUGAUUUUCCUGAAAUGAAAUUCUCUUUAUAUUUUAUGGGAUAUGAAAAUGAAAAGGAUAUUCCAACUGAUAGAAGAGAAUCUAUUGAAUGGACAUUCAGUCGUAAAGCUACCAUAGAACUUACUCAUAACUGGGGUACUGAAACUGAUCCUGAUGCUCAAUACCAUAAUGGAAACUCCGAACCACGGGGAUUUGGCCACAUUGGAAUCACAGUACCUGACGUUGAUAAAGCAUGUGAAAGAUUUGAGAAAUUAAAUGUAGAGUUUGUGAAGAAGCCUAAUGAUGGUAAAAUGAAGGGACUGGCCUUUAUUAAAGAUCCUGAUGGUUACUGGAUUGAAAUUCUGAAUCCAACUAAUAUAUCAUAAAAAUCUUUCUUUUUUAGUAUGGUAGAAGACAAAAAAUAUGAAAUUGGUAGCAGAAUUGACUGUGAUGGACAGAAAGGCACAUUAAAAUAUGUUGGUCCCGUUGGAAAUACAAAGGGUCAGUGGCUUGGUAUUGAUUGGGAUGAUCCUACUCGUGGAAAACACAAUGGCACAUACGAAGGAAUAGAAUAUUUUAAAGCUAGGCAUCCUACAUCAGGUUCAUUUAUACGCCCAGGUAAAGCAAAAUUUGGAAUCUCUUGUCCACAAGCAAUUAAGAUACGGUAUGGUCUUAUCAAUGAUGAAUUAGCGGGCAUUGAUAGAGACACAUUAAUGAGUUUACAAAAGGAAAUUAAUGCACCAUUCUUGGAAGUUGUUGGUUUCUCCAAAGUAAAUAGGAAGCAAAGUAAAUUUGACCAGUUAAAAAUAGUAUGGCUCAGAGAUCAAUACGUUAGUGAUGCUGGUAAUCCUGGUGAAUUAGAAGAAUUGUGUUCAAAUUUGGAAGAGUUAGAUAUAUCUAGAAAUUUAAUUAAUAGCUGGAGAAUUGUAGGAGAUAUCUGUUGUCAACUUCAUUCUCUUAAACGUCUGAAUGUCAGUGAAAAUUAUUUACCAGUUGAAGAAAAUAUGGAAGCGUUAAGUAAUUCAUUUCUAAUCGUUGAACAUUUAACCAUGGCAAGAAUGAAUUACAAUUGGUUUGAUAUUCAACAAUGUAUGUGUAUGUUCCCAUCAAUUCAAGAAAUUUCAAUUUCUUUUAACAUGGUCAGCAUUAUACAGAAACCAUUAGAAAACGAAAACUUGAUGAAAAUAUUUAGUUUAACACUCGAAGGAAAUUUGAUAUCUAGUUGGGAUGAAAUCCUUAAAUUGGGUUCACUUCCACGCUUAGAAUACCUCAAUUUAAAUUUAAAUAAAAUAGACAAAAUAAGAUUUCCAUCUGUUGAACCAACAGCAAAAACUCCAGCCUUUUCAGCUUUACGACAAUUACAUCUAUCGCAAAAUAGAAUAUCAGAGUGGAAAUCAAUAUCCGAAUUAGAGAAGCUUCAUAAUUUAGAAGAGCUGAAAUUCAGGGAAAAUCCAAUUUUAAAAGACGAAAAUUUAGAAACAGCACGUCAGUUAAUAAUAGCGAGGAUUUCCAAAUUGAAAAUUUUAAACGGCACUGAAAUAGCGCAGGAUGAAAGACGAGGUGCUGAAUACGAUUAUUUAAAAUUACAUUUACCAAAAUGGAAUGAAACUGAAAAUAAUCUUGAGAAAAGAAAUGAAUUUAUAGUUGAACAUCCUCGGUAUUUGUCAUUAGUUGCGAAAUAUGGAAUUUCUGAUAUCCCAUCAGCUAAACCAAAAGUGGAAAUGGUUUCUAAUGUUAUCACGGUAGAAUUUUUAUGUCCAGAUCAUCCAAAUCAACCUAGAGGAAUUAAAAGAAAACUUUUAAAAGACAUGGAAGUUCAAAAAGUUAUUGGACUUGCACAACGACUUUUCAGAACAGGAGGAAAAAUACCUUCUCUCUCGUUUGUACAACAUAAUCUGUCUAAAGAUGAAAUUCUUUUGGAUAAACCACUUCAAGAAUUGAGCUAUUACUCAAUACAAGAUGGAGAUCAAGUUCUUGUGAGGUGGUGAUACAAAAUGAAUUGUUCAUAGAUAUAAUUGUAUUUUGUACACUGUUAAAAUUUCACCAUCAUACUUUGUUAUUAAA